AUGAACGAGAUAGAACAGGUGAGCCAGCUGGCAGCACUGGUCCAGGCCCAGUUGGAGUACCACAGCCGUUCCUCUGAAAUCCUCCAACAGCUCUCCAGCAAGAUGGAGGACAGGAUAAAAGAAGUGUCCAGUAAACCCAGGAAGGAGUACACCCCCAAACCCAGAAUGACCCUGGAGCUUCUGCCCCCCAACGAGAGCCACAAUGGGGGGAUCCACUCAGCCAAAUCCCCCGGAAGAUCACCAGCACCGAUGGACCAGCCAUGCUGUCGAGCGCUCUACGACUUUGAGCCGGAGAACGAAGGCGAGCUUGGCUUCAAAGAGGGUGACGUCAUCACCCUGACCAAUCAGAUUGACGAAAACUGGUACGAGGGCAUGAUCAACGGCCAGUCGGGCUUCUUUCCCAUCAACUACGUGGAUAUCUUGGUGCCGCUCCCGCAUUAG